GUGAUUUGUUUUUAAAAGUAGGUUAUAUAAAAUCCUGUUUCACUGUCCAUGCAUGCAUGUAAUAAUAAUAAUAAUAUAAUUAUUAUUAUAGAUAUAGCUACAUGUAGACUCCCCUUGUAUAUUAUUAUGCCUCAAGGCUGUCUGUGUGUCUAUUCCAACUGUAACUGCUCAACGGUUGCAAUGCGACGAAAAAUAACAGCUUCUAUAGGCUUCUAGCCACGUUCUCUUGGAUUUUGAUUCGUGGAUUAGCAAACUAAAGCUUCUUUCUCGAGUUAUGGCUAGUUUGACUCACAUUGAAGGCUGUUGCAGUCUCUUCAGAAUCUUUCAUAGCAUUAUCUAUUCGCACAAACUUUCUAUUCAACACAUGAGUUAGCCUUGCACUAAAGCACUAGCUUUUUAUUAGCUACAAGAGUCAGAAAAGAUCUGUUAAAACAGCUAGCUAUAGUAGCCAUUGUGAACUUGAUCUCUUUGGACACACCCUUUAAUUAUUCCUGUGGAUGCAAUGUGCAUGCGCGCUCCUCCCUAGUUGGGCGUGGCCCCACCCUGGACGCGAACGUAGGGUUGGCACCACUGCAAUGUCAGGUUUGUUCCACCGGUACUUAGCUUUAGGGUGUGGCUAAGCAUGAAUAUGAUUAAUUCCAAGUGGGCGGUAACCACAAAGCUCAGUUAGAAUGCUACUGCAGGAGUCAUUCUUGCAUACCACUAGCUCUAACUGACCUGGAGUGUUCCUGGAUCAAGCUGGCUUGUCUACUAUUGUUGCAUUUUGAUUUAACUAAAGAGAAUUACUAGUUACUGACUCGUUCAUUAAUGAGCCACGCCUUCACACUUGAACUCUGCAAUCUGAUUGGGCUGCAAAUUUUUUGCAGCAGGAACAAACCUGACAUUGCAGUGGUGCCCAACUCUACGUUCGCGUCCAGGGUGGGGCCAUGCCCAACUAGCUCCUCCCCACAUGUUGGAGAAUCUAGAAUCAACUUACUAGUACUUCAUUAUGUUCUUUUUCUUGAGGCAGAGCCUCCUAGUAUAUGGUGUUUUCCGGAUUUAUACGGAUUUCCGUCUUCUAAUACGGUUAUACGGAAUUAACUUCAAAAAUACGGUAGAUCUAGAAGACUAGAAGUGACCUUUUGUCAGCUUACAGAAUAACUUAUAGUUGACAGUGAAGGGUCUAGUAGCAUCCCUACAGCUGUAGUAGCUCUAUGCCCUAUGCUGGUAGUGAGUCUGAUGUGUGAUACUGAAAGACAGCUAAAUUUAUCUUGUAAAGCCAAGUCUCGUUUGCCACGCCCCUUCAAUAAAGGGGCGGGGCAAUUACAAAGCCACUAUUAAACAGCAUUUCAUCUCAUUUCCAAUUGUUGUAUACUGAAACUCAUCAUUACUAAAAUAAGAAAAACUGAGCUGAUUAAUACUGAAAAGAAAAGUUUCUACUUGGAGGCUCUAGCUGUUGAGGUCCUGGUAUAGCGUUCUUGGAGUGGACACUCAUCUGACGCCGCUGUUUGAGCUGAUUUGGGAUGCACGGUCACAGUGGAAGGAGAUUGGGUGUAAGUUAGGUUUAACAGAUGGUGAUACCCGCGCAAUUAAAGCGGAAAGUGAGCAUGAUACCAGCCAAUGCUUGACUAAGGUACUGGUUCAAUGGAUGCAGACUGGCAAGGCAACCAUUUAUGAUCUGUUAAAAGCAUUAAAGAGUAAAGAUAUUGACCGCUCAGAUAUUGUCAGUAAAAUACAAUCACUGGAAGGAGAGAUGCGGGAAAAUGUAGGACUGCCUAAAGAAAUUUCAGAAACCAAAUGUGAAGAAUUAGCUUUGAUAGGAGCACCAACACUAGAAGAGUUGUGUGAAAUUUCUCUUGGAGCAGAUUGGUAUCUACUAGGUCUCUGGCUCGGACUUGAGGAUACAACAUUAAGCAUCAUAAAGUACUACGAAUAUUCUGAUGUCUUAUCUCUCUCAGAAAAUUUACUUGUGCUGAAAAAUGUGAUGUUUAAAAAAUACAUGGAAAAGUCUUACAAAACAGAACAUUACAGGCACUUUUCUUCGCAACUGUCUUUGGUAGUAAAGUAUGAUGUAGACGAUUUUUUCAGCAAAAAGUAUUCGACACAAGUUAACAAAUUAGAAGAAAUAGAGCAAAAAUUAGGAGAUAGUCAUAAAGUAGCUACAUUUCAAAAACUAUUUCAAACACAGCAGGAAAACAGACAUGGAAUGAAGAAAAAUAUGCUUAUAGCACUUCUCAGAGCACAUUUCAUAGAAGAAGCUGAGAAAUUCUGCUCAACACAAGGGAUGAAACUAGAUGAUUUCAUGGCCGAAAAUCACUUAUUAUUUCCUGAUCCUCUUGAAUGUGUUGUAAGUUAUGCUAGCUACCUAAAAGGAGCUUACAAGCAAAUGCCUGUAAUGCCAAAUGAUUGGCCUCCGGAAAUAGAUAUUGAGCAACAAUACACUAAGCUAGCACUUAUUCAUGUUUCUGGUUAUUAUAAAGAAUCAUCUACAAUGGAACAUGACUAUAUUCAUGGAAAAGUCGACAAUAUUGUUGCUGAAAAAGAAGAGAUUGAAAUGAACGAAGUGUUUUAUCCUAUCAUAAACUUGGUGACACAAAAGAGUCGCCUAACAAUAUUAAUGGACGGUGCUCCUGGAGUUGGUAAGACAACCAUCACUAGAAAACUAUGCAUUGAUUGGGCCAAGGGUGAAAUUCUCAAAGAAUAUCAUUUAGUCAUUCUAGUUGAGCUAAGAGAAUUUGAACUUAAUGAAAAAAAUGAAAUUGUGGAUAUUUUGCUUUUUGAGAGUUUAGAUCAAGUGAAAGAGGUAGUUAAACACCUUGAAAAUCCCGAUAGUUUAGGUGCACAUGUUUUAUUAAUAUUUGAUGGCUUUGAUGAACUAAGUGCGAAGAAUAGAUCCAAGCAAUCCCUCUUUUCCAAAAUCAUUGCUGGAAAAAAGCUUCAAAAUUGCUCUAUAUUAAUUACAUCUCGGCCGUAUGCUUCAGGGUAUUUGAAAACACUACAACGUGUAAAUCGGCGUGUUGAAGUUCUAGGAUUCUCAAAGCAACAAAUAAUCAACUAUGUGGAGAAAAAUUUGGUCAAUAAGGCACAUGCAGACACACUGAUUCAAAUGCUUAAAGAUCGUCUUGACAUACUUUCAUUGUGCUACAUUCCCCUCAACUGUAGAAUAGUGCUCUUUGUAUUCCAAUAUCUCCAGCACAACCUACCAGCUACCAUCACAGAGCUAUAUGAGACAUUUAUUUUACAUACUAUAAAGCACCACAUCGAAAAAUGUGAAGAAAAUUUGGAUGAGAUAGACGACAUCCGUUCCACAGAUAGUUUGAGCAAUCUUCCACCACACAUUCUACGCAAUCUUGACCAGCUUAGCAAUAUAGCAUACACUGGUAUGCUACAAGAUAAGCUUUCUUUCCAAAAUGAUAAUAAAAAUGUUUUGCGUCUUGGGUUACUGACCUCACAUCAUGGUAUUACAGUAAAAAGCAUGAAGUGUAACUACCAGUUUCUUCACUUAACAAUUCAAGAGUUUCUAGCUGCUAGGCACCUAAUGUUAUCUUCAGAAAACAAACUGGAUUUUUUCAGAUCACAUUUGGAGAAAGUCCGGUUUCGAAUGGUUUGUCUUUUUCUGGCUGGUCUGUCAAAGUUAAAGUUUUUACCACCAAAUGAGCCUCUUUUAGGAGAUACUGUAUUGGAUUUAACCAGCAGCAUUGAUGAACAUAAAAUAUCUGCUCAAGAUAAAUUUCUUCUACUUGCACAUAUUGUUUAUGAAAGCCAGCUACUGGACUCUUCACAAGUGAUUCCUAUCAAAUCCAACAUUCUUGAUUUAUCUGGUAGGCAUCUAACUCGAUUUGAUGCUACUAUCAUUGCUAAAUACAUUUCUGCUACCCCUGCUAAUCAUAAGUGGGAAGUUAUUGACUUAAAAGACUGUCAAUUACCAGAUGAAAGCAGUAUUUAUACAGCAAUGCACUCAAUAAAUUCUAAAAUGAUUGCAAUAGGAAUGUCUAAGAUUCUAUCAUUAGGAUGUGUUACUUUUGCUACAGUAUUACCUAUAAUGAAUGCUGUUACUGAGUUGUCAUUCUUCUUGAUAGAGACGAUUAGCCACGACAUGAUGAAAGAAAUGUGUAUGGCCAUUACAAGUAGCCAGACGUUGACAAAAAUUAAUUUACCUUCAUCAGAAAUUUCAAAGAAAAGCUUAACGUUAAGCUCUAGAGAUAUGUACGAUGGCAUGUGUACGGACUCUUUCAACCAACUACUAGGAUUUGUCGACACCAGCACAUUAUCAGAGCUUUCAAUUCCAUACCUUCCACACAUUUUUACAAGCUGUGACAAGUGUGACCAGUUGCCAUCCAAUACCCUCACCAGCUUAUGCAAAUUAAUAGAAAGGAGUAGUAGCUUGAAAUAUGUUAAUGUCUCCUUCUGUGAUUUAUCAAGCGAAUCUAUCGGUGCCCUUCUAUCUGCUGUAAAAAAUAGUAUUGUUUCUCUCAAUAUUAUUGGAAAUCACCUUGAUUCCGGUGUAGCUUUGCCAUUGCGCCAAAUAGAAACGACCGAGAUAGGUGGAUUUUCAUGCAAGAGUAAAAACAAAACAAUUAUUCUAGAGCAUUUGAGGUAUGGUCAUGAUGACAGUUUGGAGUAUCCUCAUGAAACUUUCCUUGUUCCGGAUUACAUUUCAAAUGUGAUCCUGAUACUGAAUGAAAUAACCAAGCUAGAAAUUCCUGUAUCCAAACUUGCAGUGCUAUGGCGAGCAAACCAGCACCUCAAAAACUUUAUAAUGACUAUUAAAUAUAAUCUUGAUUGGCAAUUACUUAACUUGGAAAAAGAAGAUUAUAAACCAAAUGAAGAUUCCUUACUUACCGGAUCUGCACUUACACGGAACUCUGUAUCUAUUAUGGAACUUUGUAAAAGUUCCAUUACUAUUGAAUGCUUGAAAAUGCUUUUCAGAUUUGUUACUGAUGAAGUGGAGUCUAUUCACAUAAUUGACCAAACACUUUUAAUGGGUUGUGAUGUUCUUCUCUGUAAACUCAUAUGCCUGAGCAAAAAGAUAAAAGCCAUUGACCUUUUUAAUUGUAAUCUCACAAAAGAAACAUUACAUUCCAUUGUACAGUCACUAUCACAGUCUAGCAGCACCAUUGAGUCUAUUAACCUCGAAGGAAAUGAGAUUAUGGAAGUGAAAACUAUCUGUAACCUGGUCUCGAUGCUAGAAACUGUCGAACGUGUACCGGCAAUUGUAAAAAUUGAAAUUGUUGGGUACACAUUUAACUUUCGUACAUUUCACGACGGUUAUAGUUCAUUGUCUGUGACAUUGAAGAAAGCAGAAACCAUAGAACUUGAAAUGCUGAUAGAAAUUAUGAAGUUCCCUUCUAACAUCCAAAGGAUACAUUUUACAACGUCAAGUCACUGCAUUUUGAAUGCUGUGUUGAUAUCAAAAUUGAUAAUAAAGACUCCCAACUUAGUUGACAUCUUUAUUCCACAGCUCGAAGGAUCAUGUCAUGAUACUGCAACGUUAGCUAAAUCCCUUGUUGGGCAGGAAAAAAUAGUUGAACUAAAAUCAGUGUCGAACAAAUCUGGUUUUUACUUCAAUAUUUCCAGGAAGGAACUCAAUUUACCAGCCAUGUACAGCGAGAACUUGUGUAUCUGCCCUAAUGCACUUCAAUUAUUCAUACAGUUACCUCAACCACAAUACCUCAAAUCCUGCAACUUCUCUGGCCAGAGAAAAGCAUUUGAAGAUUGUCCAAAUUGUGGAAGUAAAGGGGAAACAGCAGUACAAGCAUUGUGUGAUCUACUUGCCCAAAGCAAAACUUUAAAUUUCAUCGAGCUAACGGAUUGUUAUCUCAAUAAAAAGCAAUUACAAAAACUGUCGUACACACUAAGAGAUUUGCCCCAAGUUCAGAAACUAGAUGUAUCAGGGACCAGCUGUGAUGCAGAAUCUCUCACGGUCCUGCUAACAACUAAUCUGAAGGAAAUGACAUUUCUUGAGUUUUCACUUAUCAUCAUAUUAGAUAAGGCAAUAAAAUAUUCUUGGAAAACAAGCACCGAAAACUCUUCUAUGCUUAUUGCUUCGCUUGUAAAGCAUUUGCUUCAAGCAAAUCAACACACGGAGCUGAUAAUGGCUGAUGCCAAUCUUACUGAAUUGCAAAUCAAACAGCUCACUCAACUUGCCAAUAGCUCCAUUACAACAUUCCAUAUUUUGAAGUGUUCAUUUGCAACACCACAUCUUCUAGUUUCUGGUAGAACGUUUGAAGUAUUAACAUUUUUUUCGACAUCGACCACCUCCAAAGAAUCUCUAGGGUUACAAUUUUUCAAAACUCUGAACCACAAUUCUUUCCUGGUAGUUCUAGAAAUAUCAUUCAUAAAUUUGAAAGUAGAUUGUACCAGUGAAGAUCUUGGUGGAACAUUUCAAAUUAUGCUUGAGGAAAAUCAACAUCUGCAAGAGUUAACUCUAAAUGCGUGCGAUAUCGACGCUACUGUAUUAUGCCAAUUAAUGAAAGGGCUCUCGAAAAACAGCAAACUUAAAGUAUUACACCUGAGUUUACUUAAAACUUUGAAUGAAAGUGUUGGUCCAGCUAUUGAAUUUAUGGUGAAAGAAAAUAGAUGCUUGCAUACUCUGGGUAUAUCAUUUAGUGACAUUCACGACUCAGUUUAUGAGCACAUAGCUACAGGUUUAGGUAGUAAUUUCACUCUAAAGGACCUAGUACUUGAUGGUUUCAAAGUUACAACUGGAUAUUUCAGAAUGUCUAAUUUCAGGCCUACAAUACAAUCAGUUGAUUGGAGGAAAGUCUUCACAAUUCUUAACCAAAAUAAUUCCCUUCAAACCCUCAGUAUUUCUACGAAUGCAAUUUCCAAAGAAGCCUUCGAUGCAUUGAAGGAACUACUUCAAAGUGGACCAAUUAUCAAUCUGUACACUUGUCAGUGCCAAUUUUCUCCCUGUCAGAUUCAAGAAUUACGCACUAUACUUCAGCCAAAAGGGAAGCUGAUACACAAUACACCUUAUCCUGCAUCUUUACACAACAUCAGAAAUACAAGACACAUUGAAGAUCGUCUUCAUAGUCACUUUUAAAUAGUCAAAAGGAAACCAAUAUUUGUCUCUUAGCUAAUUCAUCAGUAAGCAGUUUUACACUACAUUGUACACUUAUAUAUACAAUUUUAUGUUACUUAGGAUUUGUUGACUGCAUCUACGUAGACUAAUUGAUAUACUACACAUAAUUUCUGGUGUGGAUAAAUUGUUGCAGCUAGGAGAGACCAGACUUCAAACCCCUCACACUUGAAUUGCCUCGAUCGCUCGUAUGUUCAAUGUGCGCACAUAUAUCGUAUUAUAUAACAAAAUUCUGAUGCUACAACUACUAUUUCCUUACUCCUGCUAAUCAUUAAGACCGACUGUUGAAAAAGGUUUGGUUGGAUUUGUUGACACCAGCACAUUAUCAGCACAUUAUCAGAGCUUUCAAUUCCAAACCUUCCACAAAUCUUUACAAGCUGUGACAAGUGUGACCCCAUCAGUUAUCGCCAUCCAAUGCUUAUGCAAUUUAAUAGAAGAGUAUAAGUCUCCUUCUGGGAUUUGUCAUCGACAACCUCCUAUGCUGUCAAAUAGUAUUGUUUCUCUUGAUAAUCUCAACAGUAUUGGAAAUCACCUUGAUUCCGGUGUAGCUUUGCCAUUGCGCCAAAUAGAAACGACCAAGAUAGGUGGAUUUUCAUAUCAAGAAUAAAAACAAACAAUUAUUCUAAAGUAUGGUCAUGAUGACAGUUUGGAGUAUCCUCAUAUGAAACUUUCCUUGUUCCGGACUACAUUUCAAAUCUGAUCCUGAUACUAGAAAUUCAUCUAUCCAAACUUGCGGGGAGCAAAUCAGACCUCAUAUACUAACUGUUAAAAUUAAUGUUCUCUUGAUUCGCUAUUACUGACUGGAAGAAGAUUAUAAGCCAAAUGAAGAUUUAUUACUUAUCGUUUCACGAAACUUAUGGAACUCCUUCAUUUCUGUUGAUUGCUUGAAAAUGCUUGUUACUGAUGAAGUGGAGUCUAUUCGCAUAUUGACCAACAACUUUUAAUGGAUUGUGAUGUUCUUCUCUGUGAACUCAUAAUUAUGCCUAAGCAAAAAAAUAAAGCCAUUGACCUUUGUCAUAGAUGACUUCCAUUGUACAGUCACUAUCACUGUCUAGCAGCACCAUUGAGUCUAUUAACCUAUUAUGACAGUGAAAACUAUAUCUGCUAGAAACUGUCAAACGUGUACCGGAAUUUGGUAUAUUCAUUCAACUUUCGUUCAUUUCAUAACAGUAAUAGUUCAUUGUCUGUGACAUUGAAAAAAGAAGAAACCAUAUAGAACUUGAAAUGCUGAUAGAAAUUAUCUUAUAACAUCCAAGGAUAUGUCAAGUCACUGCAUUUUGAAUGCUGUGCACGUUGAUAUGUAUCAAAAUUAAUAAUGAAGACUCGUUGACAUCUUUGUUCCACAGCUCGAACCGUCAUGAUACUGUAACGUUAGCUAAAUGCCUUGUUGACUGGCAGGAAAAACAGUUAAACUAAAAUCAAUGUCGAACAAAUCUUUUUUACUUUUUUACUUCACCAUUUCCAGGAAGGAAGUUAAUUUACCAGCCAUGUACAGCGAGAACUUGUGUAUCUGCGCUAAUUAUGCACUUCAAUUCUUCACACACGGUUACCUCAUUGCAACCACGAAUACCUCAAAUCCUGCAACUUAUCUGGCCAGAGAAAAGCAUUUGAAGAUUGUCCAAAUUGUGAAAGGGGAAACAGCAGUACAAGCAUGUGUGACCUACUUUCCCAAAGCAAAAAUCUAUAGUCUAUUCAGCUAGAAGAUUGUUAUCUAAACGAAAACAGUUGCAAAAACUAUUGAACGCACUAAAAGAUUUGCCCCAAAUUCACGAACUAAAUGUUUCAGGGACUAGCUGUAAUGCAGAAUCCCUCAAGAUCCUUCUAACAUCUAAUUUGAAUGUGCUGAAGACGCCUUCAGCACAUUAAACGAACUACUUCUGUGUGGUUCUAAAUACGUUUGCAAAUGCCAUGCAUGAUGACUCUCACAUUCAACAACUAUACGCACUAAACUUGGCAGCUGAUACACAAUACACUUACAAAAAAACAAGGGACUUAAUUAGUCGAUACACCCUUGAUUAUAUUUAUGGAUUGUCAAUACUUCAAAACGAAUUUUUGCUGUUCUAGCUUUAUAUAGCAGUCGACUAUAGCACUAGUGUUACCUUGUACUCAAGCCGCUUUAUUGCUUUUUAGAUCUAUAAUAUACCUAUUGUAGCACUGUGUAUAGUAUACGAACCAAUGAUAAAUCUUGUGUUGCUUUUUUAUAGUACUGUUCUGUAUAAUUAUAGCCAUGCAAUAUUCAAAGAGAAAUUCAUCUCACAAUACAAUUAUUUUAUGUGUACACAAAUUUAUGACCAGUACAAAUUUGUUCUAUUGCAUGCAUGUGUCAGUAAUUAUAAUUAGGAGGCUCACAGUGUGUUCAUGCAGUUUACACAUUUUGCCUGAUCUGGAUGUACGUAUACAUGCAUUUUGCACACACAGGUCAUUCAAGUUAUGCCAGUGCUAUCAGACAUUGCAUUUUAGUUUGUAAGACUAUAGAGGCUUAUAAUUAUAAGGGUAUAAUAGUAU